UAUGGAAAUCCGAAGACGCGGUGAUCUAGAAAACACUUUGAUGAAGGUUAUGGCGGGAUUUCUUGUAAAGUAGCGCAAACGAUAGAUAAUGGUGUCAACCCGCAGCCUUAGAUCAAAAUUUGCAGUAGGAGAAGAAGUUCUCUGCUAUGAACCAGAUCCUACGAAGGCAAGGGUGCUGUAUGACUCUAAGGUGCUGAAGGUUCUAGUGAAAACAGACAAGGGGGGCCGCAAAACUGUGGAAUACCUGAUACAUUUCCAGGGCUGGAAUUCAUCAUGGGAUCGAUAUGUGAGUGAAGAUUAUGUUCUAAAGCAUACAGAUGAAAACUGGCGACUGCAGAGAAAACUUGCAGAGAAAGCACAUUUACGACCGGGAGCAUAUCUUUAUCGAAGAGAUCGUAAAGAUCAAAGGUUGAAUAAGGCUCCACAGAAAACAGAUAGCUACACUGAGGAAAAAGAGUGUCUGCAGAGCACUUCUGCUUCAACUUCAACUUCAACAAGAGAUGGCAGCAUCAGCUGUUAUAGCACCCGUAGUGUUGAGACUAUCAGUAACGGAGAUCGAAAGAAGAGGGUAACUGCUGAUAAAUGUGAAACUAGCAAGCAAAGUGUAAUGGAAGAUAAACAAUCGCAUUAUGCACAUAAUGAGUGUGAUACACAUGCAGAAUGUGUUGAAGAAAUGCAUAACAAUAAGGAUAAUGGUGUUACGGGUAGUGUUGAUGGAAGGGAUAGUGUUGAGGGUGGUAGAAGUAAAGACCAACAGUAUGAAGAUUUUGGUGCUCAGAAUAACAUAGGUGACAGAGAGGUUGACGACAAUGUGCAGGAUAAUAAACAUGAAAUAACUGAAGAUUUUGAUCACCCAGAGGAUGGUGCUGUUGAACAUUUGGAAGAUUGUAAUUUUACAUGUGAAAUUACUGAUAUUAUGAAGGAAAUGCUUGAACUGGACAAUGAGCUUAUUAAAAACAGGAACAAGAUCGUCCAUCUUCCAGCAAGACCAAAUGUUGUGACAAUUCUUGAAACUUACGUGAGAGAAUAUGCAGAAAAUCAGAUCUCUGGAGCUCGAGAGAAAUCACGGCGUAAAUAUAGACGACCACAAAAGCACCAAAAUGGUGCUUUAGAUAUGGAUCGAUUGAACAGAAGUGUAAAUAUCUGCAAAGAAGUGGCAGACGGUGUGAGGGUUUAUUUUGACUUCAUGUUGAGUGGCUUGCUGUUGUACAAUGAAGAGAGAGAACAGUACGAGCAAAGUCGUGAUAUGACUAUCACAAAAGAACCAAAGUCAAGGUUAAAUGAUUCAUCUCCAAACAAAAAAGAAGCAAACAAGAGAUUCCAGCAACCAGAUUGUAACUUAUCCUGUGAACAAAGGACAUGCCGAGAGGAUGCAGUUACAUUUGAUGGCAGAAUGGGAACACCCAGUGUCAAAAUGUAUUCCAGAUCUCAACAUGUUGUAAAUGCUGAAGGGAAAGGGUGCACUUUGACUAAUGCUUCAGCUGGUGCCAGCAGUGAAGAAACAGAAAGCCCCAAUCCCAUGGGAACUCAGAGUACAAAUAAAGAGUCAUUUGUCCCUUCUGAUCCCUGUAAGGAAGAAGCUUCCUCUGCAUUCCAUGAUAAUUUAUCCAGGUGGAUUAUCACGAGUGUCAGCUCAAAACAUUCAUCUCGGAGAUUAAUGACAAAUGUAUCAUCAGCAGAAGGAAUGACUCAGGGAGAUAGUCAUUCUGCAUUGAAGUGUCUGUUACCUCAUCUGUCAGAAUGGCAGCUAGUGCCAGACUCACUAUACACUGAAAAGCCUGUUAUGCCUUCACUUAUCUAUGGUGCUGUCCAUUUAGCACGAUUGUUAGUGAUACUUCCAAGUCAUCUUCUGAACACAAAUAUUCCAGCAAAGAAACAUAAAAUAGUAUUGCAGCAUUUACAAAUGAUUCUGAGAUACUUGGAGAAAAAUAGAGACUGGUUUGAAGAAAAUGUGUACGAAGAUAAUUGCUCUCCACUUAAACAAAAUGACUGAUUUGCUGUAUUUAUGCAUAGCUUCAUAUUUUAUAUUCUGUAAAUAGUUUAUAGAAAUUGCUAUUUUUAAAAACAUUUGUUGAAUGUUAAGUUAUAAAAAUGCAUGUCACUGUAGAUUUUGAUCUGGUGUUUCCAGUUCAGUUGGUAUUUUUCAUGUUAUCUCCUGUACCCUACAAAAUAUUGUCUCUGUUAUCAUCAGCCAUGUAUUUGAUAAAAAUGGUUAGUGCAAACUUCACUAUUUGCCAUUUAUAUAGUAUGCUUCUGGGACCAAAGAUGUGUAGAUAACAAAAUACGCAGACAUGAAUAUUGGAGAGUGAUUAAUUCUCUGCUUCUUUGAUAAUUAUGACUUGCUUCUCAGUGGAAGUAACCAGAUCCUUUAACUAUGAAAGCUCAGGUUACUUUAGUUUAAGUUCCUAAGUUAUUUUAUUCAAGAACUAUUGUGCUGUUACCGAUACCUCAGACUUGCUGAUUGUCAAUAAUAACUGUAAUGUUUUUCCUUUCUGAAGCUGGAAGAUUUUGACACAGUGUUUUGUGUCUUAUAAGUUUGUGACAGCUGAUUGUAUGUACAAAAAGCCAAAUUAUCAGUAGCGUGCUAUGUUGCUGGUGAAAGUGGAUGAAUCAGUAAAAUACAGAAUUUUACGUAAAACUGGUACUCUGAAUUUCUUUUUCAUACAAUUUCAAUGGCAGUACUACUAUUAUAGUGACAAAAACUGGAUACAGGUAUCCAGCUGUUAAGAAAGUUUACGUAAGUGGUGCCUGUCAGUCACUUAUUCAGCACAAAGAUUUAAUCUGUUACGGCUGGAACACACACUGAAUGCACGUUGGAGAGAUCACAUACCCACCUUUGUUUCAAUCUUCAUGUCUUUCAUAGAUGUAAAAGACUGCAGUGGGAAGAUACUGUUAACUGGUCAUAAAAAUGUAUU